GAGCUUUUAUUCACACUUUUUUUUUCUCACUCAAGUAUGGGUAUUAUGAGGUUAUUUUCUUCUUUGAUGUCUAUUGUAAAAGGUUACGAAAAAAUGAGCUCGUAUCACAGCAAAAACCAUCAUUCGGACGUGCCAAAAGGUCAUCUUGCAGUGUACGUUGGUGAAGAGAAGAAGAGGAGGUUUGUUGUCCCAAUAUCAUACUUGGAACAACCAUUGUUCCAAAACUUGUUACGUGAGUCAGAAGAAGAAUUUGGGUUUGAUCAUCCGAUGGGAGGCCUAACUCUUGCGUGCCAAGAGGAUGUGUUUUUUCAGCUCACCGCCAUAUUACAUUCUUUAUGAUUUAUCAUAGAGCACGGGCUGAUCUACUAAGGAACUACAACAAGUGACACUGUAUUUUUUUUUUAUGUGUUAUACAACACAUGGUACACUUUUUUUAAU